CUAUUGGCUGCAGAACCACAAACAGAUGACGCAAUGCGGAAGUGCGGCUCUCGGCGCUCGGUGCUCGGUGCCGCUCAGCCUGACCGUCUGGAGCGGGUCUCGGUUUGGACGCUGACCGGAGGAGAACCGGGACUCCGGCGGGACCAUGAGGGCUCUCCUGCUGCUCUCCGUGUCGGCGGGACUCGUCAGUUGUUAUGAUGGAGGGCUCGGGGAGUUUCGCUUCCAGUUUCUUCGGCGGUUCCUCUGGAGACCGACAGCAGCAGCAGAGCUCCUCCCACUGGGCCCCUGUGGAGUCGGGGGGGUCGGGGGGCUCCGUGGACUCGGGGGGGGUCUUCUGGGGCUGGUUGUCCUGCUGCUGUUGGCCUACGGCGUCUACAGGCUGGUCCUCGGUGGGAGUUCGGCCCAGCAGGACGGUGGAGCGGCGGGGGGGCCAGGGGGCCUGCCGCCCCAGGGGGACCCGCCGGGGGGGCCGCCGCCCCGGGGGUUCAAACCGGACUUCACAGGAGCCCCCCCUGAAGGCUGGGGCCCCCCAGGGGGGGCUGGCAGCACCGCAGGGAGCUUCUGGAACCCCGGGGGGGCCGGCAGCACCGCAGGGGGCUUCUGGAACCCAGGAGGGGCCGGCAGCACCGCAGGGGGCUUCCGGAACCCGGGGAGAGCCGGCAGCACGGCAGGGGGCUUCUGGGGCGGCAUGGGGACCGGGGGGGCUGCUGGGGAUUCCUCCUGGACAGCGGAGAAAUUCAGCCUCAUAGCUCCCGCCGCACGGCGCCCCCGCCGCCCCCCGCCCCCCCUCCGGGACCGCGCACCGCUUCAGGAUUUCGGAGGAACCAAGAGACGAUGAGGAGACGCGGUGGACACGGCGGCGCGGUGGACACGGCGGCGCGGUGGACAUGGGGAGGAUUCAGACCAGUGGUUCAACGUGUCGGCGUAUUGAUGGUGGACUCAGGAUGAACAGCAGGUCGUCCAGACAGGAGGGACGUGAAGCAACACACACACAACACACACCACACACACACACCACACACACACCACACUCACACUCACACUCACCCCCACACACACACACACACAGGCUGGAGCUCCUCCUCCAGUCAAUAGAAUAUUUCUAUCAAGUGAAGCUUGCUCAUUCAUUCAUUCAUUUAUUCAUUCAUUCAACAUUUCAUGCUUCCCUCAUCACAGCAUUGGCAGCAGCUUCUAAAACUUUCUGCUUCGGAUACUGUUUGAGUGCUGUUGUUUUUAUAUGCACUGUGAGAAAAUAUGUUCUGCUAAAAGAACAUUUCAAUAAAACGCUUUCAGAAAGAC